AUGUGUGUCAGUGGGCGAGGACUCUGUCCAUCGGGCGACAUUGCCAAGUUUACGGACAUUGACGUAGUCUUACCUCAAUCACCCUUUAAACGAUCUCUGUGGUCUGCAAACUGCUACCGAUUCAACUGCGUGUACGACGUGUUAUACGCCAGUCUCGUCCACUAUCGCUGGCCGCCAAACAUCAUCUUCGCAGCGAGAGUCCUCCUCGACCGCGGAAAUGCCCAGUACUGGUCGCAGAAGCUCCUCGCCGACGGAGAGCAGGGCUUGCACCCGUGGGCUGUCCGCCGACUCAGAGAGGACGCGCCCAAAGUCUACGGUGCUCUCCACCAGCUCUUCAUCCGCUGGAACUCGGCCUUCGCACUCUUUAAGAAGUCGUCCUCGACAACGUUUCUUGUCGACAACAACCGGGCUUUUGGCGCGCGCUGCCAGCGGAAAGGCGGGGCUGGCGAUGCAAAGGAGACGUUCAAGAGCCUGCAUCAGAAAGGCCCCUGCCCCGUCUACUGCGCGUACCAGGGAGACUUUUACAAGUUCCACGGGGCUAUUCUAGAGAAGAUAUACGCGUUCGCCGCGGAGACGCCUGGGCUCAUAGACUGCAACGGGCCGCUCGAACGCUUCUGCUCCGUUCACGUGUCUUGCCAGAACUGUGUGCGCCGCGUUGAGGCUUCAGCUCGCGCGUCUUGGCUGCGCACUAUGACCCAUGUCGACUGGUCUCUCUCGAGGAAGGAUGGUGCCAGGGGCCCAUGGCAGGACGGGAAGAAGAGGAAGCGCAACCACACUUAA